UUCAUGCCGCUAGGUAGGCCUUUUAUUAUAUAUUUUCUAAAAAGCUAUGCUUCCAAAUUGAAAUUUCGGUACACCUCUCCCUAAAAAAUAGUCUAAUUUCGGUGUUAAAAUGAAGAAGGCUUUAAAAUUAAAUAAUUAUGCAUUACUAUACCAACCACACCUCACCCAAGCCUUUUUCACCUCACGCUUAAAGUCUGACAGCUCUAAAUCUGCGGAUCCAACAAAAAAGGUAGAAACCGAAUGUAAAUUGAAUAAAGAUGCUGGGGCAGGUAAACCGGAUAAAGAUGCUGCGGUAGGUAAGCCGGCUAAAGAUGCUGUCGCAAAUAAAUUGACAAAAGAUGCUGCUCCAAUUAAAUCAGCAAAAGAUGCAACUAAAGAUGCAACUAAAGCUGCAAAAGUUCCAACUAAAUCGGGAAAAGAAGAUCCAACUAAAGCUGCAAAAGAUCCCACUAAGUCAGCUAAAGAAGAUCCAUCUAAAUCUGCAAAAGGAGAUGAACCCCAAAAAGAGGCACCACCGCCGAAAGACGAAACUGUUAUUUCCGGUGGAACCGAUUGUAAUCCAAAAACACCUUGUGUCCCACCACCAUCAGGCAGUAAUAAAUCAAAAGCCCAAAAGGCAAAUUGUGAAUCAAUACUUUACAAGCAACUUGGUCCAACUAAAACAAGUAAAAAGAAAGUACCUUUAACUAAAAUUCAAGGAGGUGCUCUUGAUUGUCAAGGAAAGAAAGAAAAAAAACCGCCACAAGCUCACCAUGCAAGUCGUUUUCAAAAAUAUUCACUUUAUCUGGCCUUACCUCUAAUCGCCAUACUAACGCUAUUGAUUUUUGGCCAUCGAUCGGAAGAGGAUCGCUUGGAAUUCAAAAACUAUGACUAUAUGUAUAAGCGUGAUAAAAAGUUUUCCUUUGGUGAUGGAAAUCGAUCAGCAUUCCAUAAUAGUUAUUAUAAUGCUUUACCGCCAGAUGGAUAUGAGGAUGAAAUUGAUGAAGAAGGAUUGGGUCAAGAACCGGAAACGGAAAAGGACAAGAAAUCCCGAUUAAAAGAAUUUGAAAAGGUUUUUAAGAAGUGGAAAAAACACGAUGGCAAGAGAGAAGCUCAGUUGCAAAAACAAAUGGCGGCGACCCACUAAAAUUGUAAAUUAAAAAGUAUAAUAAUUAUUUUUUU